GGGUUCUCGAGUAACACUCAAAUGGUCUCGAGUAUGGCACUCAAAUGGGUUUUUGGAGUCCUGUUGAAGACUGCUCUCCACGAUCGCAUUUGAGCUAAGGAGAAUCUCGAAGAAAAUUAUUUGUGGUUAGUUCGUUCAGGUGACCGCGCGUAAACGUCAUAAAUCAAUCCGAAUCUCACCGGUACGAUUAGAAUUCAACUUAUAUGCUGAAAAAGCUUUCAGCUCUAACAGGAUGUGCAAAGCUAUUAUGCUAAAGUAGAGCGCUGUUGGACAAAACAACGAGAGCUGUAGAUCACUUCGAGUAGUCACCUUAAGAUUUUCGUCGCGUGCUCUCAAACCAACUUAGAUGGCCACCGUUGACAAGCUCAACUCCGCUGUCGGUGAGACUAAGCGAUCGCUUUUGACCAGGAAAGCCCCUAACGAGGACUAAAUUCACAGUAAAAGAGAGGUCUGACUUCAUAAGUCUUCAUUUCCCACGUCGUCGCUAAAAAGGGAGUCGGCCAAGAAAAGUCAGAACAAGCUCAACGUAUUUUGUUUAUCUCUUCUAAAAGAUAUUCUUACCGGUCGACAAAGACUCUAGGUUUUCUGACGAUAGCUCUAGAGAUGAUAGCUGUACAGCUGAUAGCUGAGAGCUGUACUUCAUAAAUUUGCGGCGAGGUGACAAAAAAAAAGAGUUCUCCGGCGACAGCAAAGCAAGACAUUGAAAUUUUUCUCAAAACCCUCGAAGAAGCAGAUGAUUUAUGCAUUAAGGUGAUUUGACCAAAAACAUGGCAGUCACAGGCCUUCUAAACAUCUCUCUACUCGUAAAUUACACAAACAGUUCCGAUUAUACCCCGAAUGCUGCUUUGUCCCCCGAGCUGGAGCCGAAGGUACUAGAGAUUUUCCGACUCUGCCUUAGCGCCCUGAUCUGCUCGACAGGAAUUGUGGGUAAUAUCCUUGUUGUCAUAAUCACAACGUGCAAUCGUAAAACACGGACGGCAGUGAACUACUACAUCCUGAAUUUGGCGAUCUCCGAUCUUGGCAUCCUUGCAAUCUGUUUCCCGUUUAUCUUAGUCAAAACGGAGGACCCCCUGCAUUGGCCUCUCGGGGGCUUCGUGUGCAAAGUCAUCUACCCGCUCUCUGACAUCUUCUACGGCGUUUCUAUUGGAUCAAUUGUUGCUAUAGCGAUAGACAGGUACAAGGCCAUCGUUCGCAGCAUGCGUGCCCAGAAGACCUUGCAAGCUGCCAAGUGGGUCAUCUUAUUUAUUUGGGUUUUCGCGUUUGUGGGAUUCGUAUUACCAUUGUACUUUGUGAUGGACUUUCUUGUGGACGCGAAUGGACCUGGGACAGUGGACUGCACGCCUACCUGGCCAAUGCCAGAAGUCACCAUGCGUCUGUACGUGUUCUCCUUAACCUUCUUCUGGUAUGUUCUCCCGCUAGCUGUUAUUGUCUGGGUGUAUAGGAAGAUCGCGCAGAAGAUCCGGGCCAGCCGCGCACUGCACAAGACCAUGCGCAGCCAGGUUGGGAGAAAAUACAGCGAGAUUGGAAAAGAAAAAAGCAAAGCCGCGCGUCGAAAGCACGACGAUUCCAACGCCAAAGCCCUCAAGAUACUAAUCCCAGUUGUUUGCGUCUUCUCUCUCACUAUGUUUCCUUUCCAUUUGUUUCGCUGCACGCAGAUGAUCGUGGAUAUGUCCAGUUUUGAAUACAUGUGGGCCAUAUAUAAUGUAUGCACCGUCUGUCUGCUCGCGAACAGCUCGGCAAACCCGAUCAUUUACUCGAUGGUUUCCGACGAGUUUCGACGUCGAUUCCGACAGCUACUUUGUUUACAGUGGAAUAAAUUUAACGACAGUUUGUCGGUUAGGAGAUCGCACCGCGCACCGAGCACUUCGGCACAUCGACUGACCUCACAGACGCAACGUAGCUUCCACAAAAACUCGUGAUUAUAUUAUGGAAAUAUUAAUCAAUGGCAGUCGUUUUUCUGGAUGGUUUGAGAGCCUGGGAUGAGCGCACGGUAAACCUUUGAUGUUUUUUAAAACAAACAAGUUUAAAAAAAAACUCUAGUGGGGCCUGGGUCUGUUUCAAAUGGGCGGCCUGCAAAAUCGUAGUAAACACGAAUUCUUGCGAGUUUACGUGGAAAUUCUCGACGUUCGCCGUUCUUGAGAAAAAAGCAAAUAAAAAAAGCAUAUAAUGUCCUCAUAAGAAAUUGACCGAGGGAGAAAGACGACAGCUUUUCAAAAGUAUUGAUUGAUUGGGAAAAUAUGAAAGAAAGGAGUGAUUUUGUCAACCACAGUUUGCAAACGGUGAGGAUAGCACCAGAACAGAAAUUCACUGUGGAAACAACAAAAAAAUGAUAAAGAAAAAUACUUCUAUAUAAUACAUCGGCGCAUGACUCAGAUAAAGCAUGAGCUGACGAGCGGUGAAUCAAUAUAAUAUGUCGCCUAUUUAUGCUCCAAUACAAUCGAGUAAAAGCAACAAGCAGCCUAUACUAUUAUUUGUUUUAAAUCCAUACAGAUUAAAAAGGGCCUAAAUCAUUAAUAUCUCAAUAACUGCAAUAAAAUAAAAUGAAUUAUCAUAGAAGUAA